GCCUCCUGCCCCGCCGCGUUUUGCAGCCGUUCCCGUGAAAUCCCUUUUCUUUUCGCGCUUCCGGGUGGCCUUGGCGGGGCGGGGGCGGGCGGGGCGGCCCCGCAUCUGGUGCGGUAGGAGAUGGUUAAACCAAGCGAGGGGCUUUCCCUAUCCUGAGGUAUCUACGAGGGUCGGAACCGACUUCCUGACCUGAGUCCAGAGCCUGUUUGUGAGGAGCCUUGGAACCAAGAUGAGUACCAUCAACUCCCAGGAUGACGAAGAUACCUUUAAAAUACUUAUUGCUACUGAUAUUCAUCUUGGCUAUUUGGAGAAGGAUCCAGUGCGUGGAAAUGACACAUUCGUAACUUUUAAUGAAAUUCUGGAGCAUGCUCAGAAAAAUGAAGUGGACUUUGUUUUAUUAGGUGGGGACCUUUUUCAUGACAACAAACCUUCCAGAAAAACAGUACACUCUUGUUUGGAGUCACUAAGAAAAUACUGCAUGGGUGAUCGUCCUGUUCAGUUUGAAAUUUUGAGUGAUCAGGCAGUUAAUUUUCAUUAUAGCAAGUUUCCAUGGGUGAAUUAUCAGGAUGGGAAUCUCAACAUUUCUAUGCCAAUUUUUAGUAUUCAUGGCAAUCAUGAUGAUCCCACAGGGGCAGAUGCGCUAUGUGCGUUGGAUAUUUUAAGCUGUGCAGGAUUGUUGAAUCACUUUGGACGUUCAACUUCUGUGGAGAAAAUAGAUAUUAGUCCCAUUUUAUUGCGUAAGGGUAGAACAAAAAUUGCUCUGUAUGGCUUGGGAGCGAUUCCGGAUGAGAGGUUGUAUCGUAUGUUUGUCAAUAAACAAGUAACCAUGCUGAGACCAAGGGAAGAUGAAGAUAGUUGGUUUAACUUGUUUGUGAUCCAUCAAAAUAGGAGCAAACAUGGAGCUACCAACUACAUUCCAGAGCAGUUUUUAGCUGACUUUAUUGAUCUUGUUGUGUGGGGUCAUGAACAUGAGUGCAAAAUCGCUCCAUCUCAAAAUGAACAGCAACGUUUCUAUGUUACUCAGCCAGGAAGUUCAGUGGUGACAUCUCUGUCCCCUGGAGAAGCUGUGAAGAAACACAUUGGUUUGCUGCAUGUUAAAGGGAAAAAAAUGAAAAUGCAGAAGAUUGCUCUAGAGACAGUGCGAACUUUCCACACAGAGGAUAUUGUUCUAGCUGAUCAUCCAGAUCUUUUUAAUCCCGACAAUCCGAAAGUAACUCAGGCAAUACAAGCAUUCUGCAUGGAAAAGGUUGAAUUGAUACUGGACAAUGCAGAAAGAGAACGCUUGGGAAAUCCACGCCAGCCAGAGAAGCCUCUCAUAAGAUUACGAGUUGAUUAUGCGGGUGGCUUUGAACCGUUCAGUGUCCAUCGUUUUAGCCAGAAGUACAUGGACAGGGUGGCUAACCCAAAAGACAUCAUACACUUUUUCAGGCGGCGUGAGCAAAAAGAGAAAAAAGACAGUGAUCUUAAUUUUGGAAAACUGCUUGGCAGACCUGCUUCUGAGGAGAUGACACUGAGGGUAGAAGACCUUGUAAAACAAUAUUUUCAGACAGCAGAGAAGAAAGGACAGCUUUCACUUCUAACUGAAAGAGGAAUGGGAGAAGCAGUGCAGGAGUUUGUGGACAAAGACGAAAAAGAUGCCAUAGAAGAGUUGGUGAAAUUUCAAUUAGAAAAAACACAGAAGUUUCUUAAGGAGCGUUGUGCUGAUGCAGAGGAAUCAAAAAUAGACGAAGAGGUGCGAAAAUUCAGGGAGAGCAGAAAAAAGAACACUGACGAAGAGGAUGAGGAAGUUCAUGAGGCAAUGACCAGGGCUAGAGCCCACAGGUCUGAGGAUGCAGUCCUUGUCAGCGCCUCCAGUGAUGAAGAACUCAUGGAUAUGGGAGUGAAAGGCACCGGUGAUUCAGAUGAUGGCCUUCCUGCAACACUGAGCCGAGGAAGGGGUCGGGCAAGAGGAAGGGCAAGAGGUGCAAGAGGACAAAAUUUAACAGCAAGAGGUUCAUCUCGAAGGGGAAGAGGAAACACUAGCCAAGAGUCAGCUACUAGCAGCAGAACCUACAAGCCUGUAACUGCGCCUGCCAAAAAUAUGUCUAUCCUGGAUGCCUUUAGGUCUUUGAAACCAGAGCCCUCCUUGAAUUCAUCUAAAUCUUACUCUGAGGAUAUUAUAGAUGAUGACUCAGACCUAGAAGAUAUUUCUAUUGUUCCUUCUUCCAAAGUAAAUCAAAGGUUGUCAAGUACACCUUCAUUUAGUAAAAGAGGUUCACAAAGCCAAACAGCUAGAGGAGUUGAUUUUGAGUCAGAUGAGGAGGAAUUUGAUCCAUUCAAAAGCACUGCAACAUCAAGAAGAGUGAAGUAAUUUCUGGCUUGCUGUACAGGAGAGACUGUGGAAGUUUGUGAAGAAAAUGCAAAGCAGUAUGCAAGUCAUACCCUAUAUAUUUCUCUGUAAAUGAUGGCUUGCCUCCGAUCUGCACCAAAUUCAGUGCCACUGAAAAAAACCAAACCAAAAAUAUUUCACAGAGGUGAAAUUUGGGUGUUGCAUUGCUUGAUACAUUAGACUAGAGUGUCUAAUAUUCUGAAGUACUGCCUGAAACUGCAAGUUCUUUCUAAAACUUUUAAAACCCUGUUUUCUUUCUGCGAUGAUAAUGCAAAUAAGUAAUCUGUUUUAUAGAAAACUCCAUCUCUUGGGAUUGAAUUUUGAAGAGGAGGAAAUUUAUGAGAGUAUACAAGUAUGGAUAUGGACACUGACUCACUCAGCUUAACAGAACAUGUACUUAUUUGCAAUUUUCUAUGGAUACAGUUGAAAACUCUGAAGAGUAAUAGCUUUACCCAAAAAAUACAGUUUUCAGUAUUGAAGCUGGAAAAUGUUAUAAUGCUUUCAACUCUAGUAGAACUAAACCCACUAUUGCACUGUUAUUAAAGGUCAUAGUAUAUGGGAAUGAAGUCUGCUGUGUAAUUAAAGAGGUGCCAAAGGGGACUGUCUUUUCACGUUGGAGACAUCCUAGACAAAGAUUUUAGAAAUGUAUAUAGGAUUAAUAGGAAUUGUAUCAAUGGACGUUUCUACCUUUUUGUUGUGAGUUUAACCCAACCAAAAAAAAAAAAAAAGGUUAACCACAUUUUUUUUCAGUUAGCUGUCCUAUUCACAGCGGCUUUGUAUGCAGUGUUAAACGGCAGCAGUUCUCAAAUUGUCUUAUAUAGAAGAUAAAGAUGGCACACUUCAUUUCAAGGGGAAAAAUGUACGCUGGUGUGUGUAGAAAGACUGUACUAUAAACAGAUACUUCUAAUUUUUAUGUCUGUUAGUUGUAUGGGGGUGGGGGAGUAAGAUGGUCAGAAAAUCAUUAUUUCUCAGAGAUCACACUGGAAAUUUUUUUAAAAAGUCACUUCUCACUCACAUAACUUCCAAUCCACCUGCCCCAGGAAAACUCAAAAAUUCAGCAAAGCCAUGCUAGCAAAAGAUGGUUCCCAGGGAAAUAGCUGGGGCAGAGGGAAAUGCACAUUCUUGCUGUAUAAUUAAAAAGGAAAAAAAGGUGUUACUCCUUUUCUUGAAUGCUUCCAAAUUACACUAAAAAAAUGAAUCUGGGUGAUUAUUUUUUUUCAAUUAUUCUUACAACCUUUUUUUCACCAUGCCUGUUUUCUAAUUUAAGUUUGAGUGUGCCAUUGCACGGAUGUUUUUGAUGACUUCUUUUCAUUACUUGACUCCAUGAGCUCUAUAGCUUUAUUCCAUUUUCUAAAUACUGUUCACUUUAUAAAUUGCAUCAUUUCACAGAUACCUUUUACAGAAACCAGAUAAAGCAUACCAAAUCCUGA